AUGCAUCCAUCGACUGCAAUUCACGAUCUAUCUUUACCCUCGACUACUCAUCAACCAAAACCAAUUGAAAUUCCUCUCGUUCAGCCGGGCCGCGUGCGACUUGUGAUGCGAAAUCGGUAUAUUUCUCGACUUCCCGGUGCUGUUAACUCACCAACACCGAGUCCAACAAGGCUCAAGAUGAUUGCAAUGCAACAGCACCAAGAGAAAAAUGUUCCCAGCUUUGUUCGCCGACCC